AUGGCAGACUUUUGGAAACCUACAGCUGAUUUAUAUAGUGCUCUAUUUGAAAAGCCAAAAAUGUCAUAGAAGUUACUUGAAAAACCGCCUUUUAAAUACAUAUUUGAUAUUAUAAUGGAGACAACCAAAUAAACAGGUUUCAAAUUUAAAUUUCCUUUAGGUUAUGCAAAAGGACUUUAUACAACUGAUGAAUUAGAUGGGAAUUCGUAUGAUAAUAAAGACAAAAAGCUUAUGUUCCUAUAAAAGAUAAUAGAUUUGACAUCCAUGAUGUUAAAAGAGGAAAUCGCUGCUAAACCUGGUAAAAUAGCUGCAGGUUUAGAACCAGAGAAUACAAAUCUUUUACUGUAAGCUAUUUAUAGAGCAGCUGUAAGUGGUAAAAAUAGUGAUCCUUUUGUUAAGAAAAUUUUAGGAGGAGCAGGAGCCAAAGAGCCUGAACCUUAAAAAAAAGAACAGCCUAAACCAGAACCAAAAGCUUAAUAGCCUCCUCCAAAGGAGUAAAGUGCACCAUAAGUAAAGGAUGAAAAAAGGCCUGAUGAGAAGAAGCCAGCUCAACCUAAGGAAGAUCCUAAGCCAAAAUAAUAAGCUCAAUAACCUCCUCCUCAAUAGCCUAAGGAGAAUUAAAAAUAACAAUAAGUUCCUCCUCCAUAAUAAUAAUAAUAAUAAACACAAGAGGGAAAUGUAAGACCUUCAACUGCCAAAAAAAGACCACCUUAAUUGCCUUCAAAUCAAGUUUAGGUUGAACAAAAUUAAAAGAAAGGAGGAACAGCAAAUGUAAUUAUUGAAGGGAAAGGAAAUAAUGAUGAAGAUGAUGGUAUUGUAGUUCAAAGCAACGUGAGGCCAACUUCUGAUAUUAAUGCUCAAGAAUAUGGUAAAUUCGUUAGAGACAAUAUGAAAAAUUAAGAGAAAGCCAAAGAGGAAGAAAAAGAGAAGGAUUAACCACAGGAAGGAAUUAAAAUGAAGAGGAUAGGAAAUGUCAAUUAGAGAAAAGAUAAAAUCAAGGAAGAGAUUGCAUAAAAUUUGGGAACAUCACAAGUCUCUGAUACAAUUGUGAUGCAAAAACUAAUCCAAUCUAUGAGUUAAAAUGUAAAUCCUUUGGCUAAAUAAAUUGAAUUUAUUUAAGAUGAUAUUGAGAACAUGAAUAGGGAAUUGUAAUAAUGGAGAAAGAUCUAUAAUGUUUCUAAACAAAAGAUGGUUGAUAUGAAUAGAGCAACUGAAGAGGCAUAAUAACCUUUAUAUGAUAAGAUAGCUGAAGUUGAGGAAGUUAUAAAAGAGAAAAAAUCUAAGAUAUAAAACAUCAAAGCUUAAAUUAUAAAAAAUAAAUUACAAAUCGACUAAUUGCUUAAAGCAGUUUUAGUUUAAAAAUGAGAAAAAUUUAUACAAAUUAUAAAUUAAUUUUAAAAUAAAUCUGUUACA